UGUCAACCUCAAAGUCUUCAAAUUCCACCUUUCAUUUCAGACAGAUAUACAUAAUUCAACUCCAAUCACGACAACCUCGAACGCAGAGGAAAAUUUAGCUCUUCACGGUUUUUUUUCGUUGUGUUCAUGUCGAAUGUGUGAUCAGAAUCGGUAGUUUUUUUGCUGUAUUAACGUAAUGAGUUGUACCUGCUUUGGUGCAUCGAGCGUGCGCCGCAAUAGGACGGGAAAUUUGGCCCAGCAAGAAUCAUUCGACGCUGGAGAUAACUCGAUUGCAAGGACGAGAAAUUUCUCGUAUGAUGAGUUAAGAACUGCGACGAAUAACUUCGGACAGGUUAAUAAGAUUGGGAGAGGAGGUUUUGGGACAGUUUACAAGGGAACCUUAAAAAACGGGCGACAAGUUGCUGUGAAGGCAUUGUCUGCUCAAUCGAAGCAAGGAAUUCGCGAGUUUCUGACAGAGAUUGAAACCGUAUCGAAUGCCAGACACUCGAAUCUGGUUGAGCUGAUUGGCUGCUGUGUUCAUGAAAACAACCGGAUCUUGGUCUAUGAAUAUUUGGAAAACAGGAGCCUCGAUCGAGUGUUGUUUGGUCAAAGCGGGGCUGUGAAAUUGGAAUGGCACACCAGAGCUGCGAUUUGCGUAGGCACUGCAAGGGGUCUCGCUUAUCUUCAUGAAGAAGUCGAACCGCAUAUCGUGCACAGGGACAUUAAGGCUAGUAAUAUAUUACUCGACAAGGAUUAUACCCCGAAGAUAGGGGACUUUGGACUGGCUAAGCUUUUCCCAGAUAAUAUCACCCACAUCAGCACGCAAAUAGCAGGAACAUGUGGCUAUCUGGCACCCGAGUAUGUAUUAGCUGGUCAGUUGACAAUGAAGGCCGAUGUCUACAGCUUUGGUGUCCUAAUACUUGAAGUUGUGAGCGGGAGGAGCAGCUCGAGCAUGAACUGGGGAGGACAACAGAAAGCCCUUCUCGAACGGGUGGGCAUGGAACUUGUAUGACGAGGGGAACAUGUUGGAGCUGGUGGAUUCAGAGGUGGAGAGAUUUCCCAAGGAGGAAGUGUUGAAGUACAUGAAGGUGGCCCUUCUCUGCACCCAAGCAAGUGCGAGCCGUCGGCCAACGAUGAGCCAGGUCAUCGACAUGCUCACGAGAGACGUUCAGCUAAACGAGAAGGAACUCCGGCCGCCUAGCUUGUUCCAGACUUCAGACGACGACAAGCCUGUCGCCGCCUUGCUCUUGAAACAAAGACUAACCGAAACGUCUACUAGUUACCAUGGGAGUUCUAUUACCCUUCCAAUCACUGAGGUGAUCCCUAGGUAAUGAUAGUGCAGAAUCUUGAUGGUAUCUUCAAUUUACAGAAAUGAGUAUAGAAUAGAGUUUUGUUAUACUAUGAUUUGGCAAUUGUCCAUGGUUCUGUGACAGAUUUUUCCUCUAUAGUUCUAUUAAUUUUGUAUGUUUUUUUUUCC